GUACCUGGCAUUGACGGUUGCAACGCUACUUAAAGACGUCACAAUGUCCUGCGCCAUUUUCCGAGGAUCAUACGACCUUUUAAGGCCGAGAGAACAAAUAAAAUCACACAUAUAUUUCUUUAUUGCCUGGAUAGUGAUUCCUGUGCUAUAUGCCCGAUACCUGUUAGGUAGUUUGGGAUCAAUACCUUUGAUGUGUCUUGCUGAUCCCGGAUCGUACUCCAAACAGCAAUUGGGAGUAGCUUGCACCAUCAGAAAGUUUGGUUUUCUUUUGAUGAUAAGUUACGCGGGAAUAUUCGGGUUCAGUGUGUUGAUUGUGAUCAUGGGAAUCAUACGAUGUUGUGGAUUCGGUUUUAGUGAAAAAAGUUUUCGUCCACUAGUUAAACUGCCAGAGGAAAGCUUCAAAGAAGAUAAAAAGCCGCAACAAACACUCCACCCUCAAGCUGACGUGAAAACAACACCUACAGAUGAUG